AGAAGUCGCAUAUUAUCUAUCGAUCACGUCGUAUUCUCUUCCACACGAUUUUUUGUUCGUGAUUAUUACUUUGGAUCGCAUGAGCUGUUUGGCAUGUUGGUAAGAUAACAUGGUUGUCAUGUGAUCUUUCCGCAUGUUAGGCAGACCCCACCAUGGCACCCGCCGCGCUCUCGAAGAUCGUGCUGGAGAAUAUAGUCUGUACUUACGAAUACUGCAACUUCUGACAACUUCUCUCACGAUGGGGCUUGUUCGAUGCCUGUGAAGUUCCGCUGGCAAAACAUGUGCCAAGAUUCCAUCAUAACCUUUCGAGACGGUGCUCAUUGCUCAGAUGGAGCCAAAACUGAGCUUUACGAUACCAUCAAUUCACGAUGAUACUGUUCUUGAUUGUCGCUUGUACUAUUCCACUUCAAGCAACAUCGGAUCGGGCUUAUAUCGCGCUCGGGGCGCCGUAAUAGCCCAUCCUUACGCUCCUCUCGGAGGCUGUUAUGAUGAUCCUGUGGUCGGCCUGGUCGUAUCUGAAAUUUCCAAGCUGUCUUUUGGCUUCAUUUGCACGUUCAACUUUCGAGGUGCCUAUGGCUCGGCUGGACACACGUCCUGGACAGGGAAGGCAGAACGAGCUGACUACGAAUCGGUAGUUGGUUUCAUGAUCGAGUAUUUGCGCAGAUGUGAUGUCGAGACUACUGCAGACAAUGAAGUCUUCGACAUCCAAUCUAGUUUGCCGAUACAGCUCGUGCUUGGUGGGUACAGCUACGGCUCUUGGAUUUGCACUCAUCUUCCGACCCCGGCAGAUGUGCUGAAGGCAUUCGAUGCUGCGACGGAAGGAAGCGCGUAUACUGAAAUCAAAUCCAGAGCUCAUCAUCUAGCUAUGCAGACAAUUUUGGAAAUACGAUCCACACAGCGCGAUUCUAAUGCUCAUCAUGGCCAUACACUGUCUGUGGGUGGGGAAGAAACAUCGCCAGAAAAGAGACGACGGAGCGGCGAAAAUUCCCCCAGUCGAUUUAGUUCGGAUGUUCGCAAGAGCCUCGACUUCGCGCGGAAGCUUGGGUCCUUGAGAAAGAAGCAGGAUGAGUCUUCUAGCCUAAUCGCCGGAACCCAAGCGGAGGCAGCCGAUCACACAACUGUAGAGCUAAUAAAGUCACCUGUACCCGAGCUGAAGGUUGCAUACUUAUUGGUAUCGCCAUUGCUGCCUCCCAUCUCGGCAUUUGUUACGUUGCCGUUCAGCUCCAAUGCUCUGCGAGCACACAGCGAAGUCGAUUUACAGAAGUUUAGUUCGAACCCAACGUUAGCAGUGUUUGGCCCCGAUGACAUGUUUACAUCCGGAAAAAAGCUCAGAGCUUGGGCAAAAGAAAUCGGAGGAAAACCAGCGUCGCAGUUUCAUUUCGUUGAAGUUGAAGGAGCAGGCCAUUUUUGGCGGAGCCACUCCGCGCAGAGGGUACUUAGAACUGCAAUCAGGCAGUGGUUCGAAAGCUUGUCCAACGGUACGACUAGUUGCGUAGUUACCAAGCCCACAGCAGAUGAAUCAUGCAAUCCUGGAGAUGGGUGAAUGGCCAUGCUCACCACCGGGUGUGUGAAGGCGCAAUUCUACAUUACACUCGACUAACUUUCAUUCGUCCUUCCAUCCUCCUAAAUUGAACUUUUUGUAAGACAAGAUGGAGCGCUACGUCGGACUGUCGCGAGGAAACAAAAUUUAAUAACAUGCGAGUGAGCGAAGAAAUAGUGCCGAUGCGUCAUUCGCACAAAAUAAUAUGCUGUGCUC